GCAGCACUGUGUGUUUCAUUGCCUGGAAAGGCACGUCACAGGCAGAGAUACAAGAAGAAAAAGGCAAAGAAACCCCCCCCACAUGCAUAAGUUAGUGUGUGUAUUGGAGAAUUCUAGCAGCCCUUUUUCUUCCUGUGGGAGCCAGCUUUUCUCUUGGACACUCUGCAUGGCAGACGGCUGCUGGGCUGCUGUGCCCUUGGCUGAAGAGUAGACAAAGCCCAGUGUUUUAGAGACACUGCAGGCAGCACAGAGCUCCUGCCUGGGCUGCCUUUUGCUCCUCAGCACUGAACAACUUCUCUGUUCUUGCCACUGUUCUGAUUCUAGGGGCUUUGGAGCUGUUUAUAAGGCCUUCGACACUGCCACAGGACAAGCGGUGAGUGCCCGUGCAGAUCUUGCAGCUCUUGAGUGCUUUCCCUGUGAUGUGAUCUGUGGCCAGAGCUUUGGGCCGCCUGUCUUUGCUGCAGAGGCUGUUCUGCAGAAGCAGUCUGUCUAGAGGCAGGCUGCAAAAUGCAUUUUGGACAGACUUUGUCCUUCCUACCUACCUGAAUGAAUGCAAGGAUGGCCGUGGUGUCUUUCAGAGGACACGCUAGCUUGGAGUUACUGGAUAAAUGUGCAUAGAUUAGCUGAUGGCAAGAGCCAUCAUUCCAGCCCAAUUCCUCUUAAGCCCAGGAUCAGACACAGAUAUUUUGUUUUCUAUCAGGUGAUUCAGUUGGAAAAUACAAUGCAAGCCCUUCAGAAAGAGAGAUCUUGUCUGGAGCACAGUUUUGCCUUUCAGUCCUAGGGAACCUAGUUCACAUACACACACACCUACACACACAGAGACACAGAGAGACACGUGCACAGAUGAAUGAGAAGAAGUUGAUGAAGAGCCUUAAAUAAUACAACCUUGUGUUGAUCCUGUGUUCCACUAGAGAGAUGCUCUCUGUUCUGAACAGGCAUGGUGGUGUCUUGGAGAGUCUUGCUGCUCUUUGGGGCUAGAAGUUCCAAGUCCUGAAUUCUCCUUUUUGACUCUCAGGAAAUACAUUCCAUCUUCCUUAAUAGUAAGGAAUUAGAGAAGGUAGUUCCUUAUCCAGCUGCAGAGCUGUGCUCAGGAACUGCACUUGGAGGGAGGUCUCGGAGGCGUCCAAAAGCCCCAAGCCCUGUACUUAGAACCUGGGGCACAUCCAUAGUGUACCACAGAAAGGGGUAUUCAUUUUUAAACCCAUUCAAUAAUUUCAAUUCUAAAGAUUGUUCUUCAAAGUUGCAAAAGCCAAACUGAAGAAGUGAGGAUGUGCUGGGAUUGUAACUUUACCUUGAGUCGCUUUGCAGUUCUUUUUUGACAGCAUUUUCCCCAUCAUGUUUUAUGUGUUUACUCUGGCACACAAUUGAAUUGGCAGCCAUCUCUUCACAGGAGAAAAAUUACUUUUGGCUUCCAAAGCGUGUGUAAAUGAUAAUAGUAGUGCUAAAUAAAAUCUGUUUGAGAAGCCUGCAGGUGCAGAGGGUGGUGUUAGCCCUUUGUGGUUGAUGGUUUAGAGUCCCUUUUUUCCGAGGUGACAAGGCAUCCAGGCCCAUGAGGGCCAGAGAAAGAGGCUCUGGUCAUGUCUGUCCCUAAGAGCUUUUGAAUGUCAUCGUAGGUGGCUGUAAAGGAACUUUAUCUCCAGCACCAGGGCUGUGAGGGAGUAUUAAAAGAAAUCCUGCUCAUGAGAGAAAAUAAGAACGCCAAUAUUGUCAGCUACUUAGAAAGCUACCUUGUGGAUGAGGCUGUCCUGCUGGUGUUGGAAUAUAUGGAUGGAGGCUCCUUAGCUGAUGUGGUCACCGUGAGAAGGAUGGCUGUAGGACACAUAGCAACAGUGUGUCGGGAGUGCCUGCAAGGCCUGGCUUUCCUUCAUGCCAAGCAGGUGAUCCACAGAGACAUCAAAAGUGACAACAUCCUUCUGGGCCGGGAUGGCUCCGUCAAGCUGGGUGGGUAUUCCUGCUGA